GAUUUCGAAAUUAUGUUAACAGGAAUGUACUAUUGUGUGUGCUGAAGUGAAGAACGAAAUGUCUGCAAUAUGUCUGACUAUUUAGAAAUAUUUUUAGAUUUAGUAUUAUUAAACUAAGACCCUCUUUAAAAUUAAGAAUGCCAUGGCUUAUUCAUGAUAUUUAUUACGUUAAGAUCGAUAAGGUGACGACUUACGACGAAGAUAUGUGUUGUUGUGGAUAGUACAGGAUCCUUGUGUGAAUAUUGUAGAUGUGCGCGUCACGAACAUUGUGAGAUGUGGCAGCUGGCAGCGAAUGCGCUGUGACAAAUUUAAUUGAUUUUCUAAAGCGGAUACGUCAUUAUCCUCAGUAAACAUGGAUCAACAGCAGUGCCCAGUUUGCACGCUCUUCCUUCAUAAUGGGAUGACCUUAGAGUCACAUUUAGAUACGCACCCUAAAGAUCAAGUCAUUAAAGCUUUAUGUAAUUUUGCUAACAAAGGGAGCAGUUAUAGUAGUAGAACAUCUACACCCAUACACUCAGAGCGUUCAUAUAGAAGUCGGUCCCGGACUCCGGCUACAGAGGAUAGAUGGAAUGGUUCUCAUCGAGGUUCUGAGCAUGAUAGAUAUUGGAGAAGAACACCUAGUAGAACUCCAAAAUCAAAUUCAGUCCUAAGCACAUCUAGGAAUGGUACGCCAGACUUAAGAAUUGGAGAUAUAAACUUUGAUAACAAUCCUGGAACAAAUGCUACUCAGUUCAACGGAACACCUUUUGUUAUGAAAACUGAUAAGGUACAACAAAGCUAUCAGAAUAUUCCAAUACCUGAGUUUGACCAACAAUAUGUUUAUUUACAAGAUCAGCAGGAAGAUAGAGAAGUAAAAUAUUCCAGGAGUGCAGAGUACUCGGCUCUCAACAACACAAAUGUUUUUUCUCACAAUAUGCCAACUGUGGCUGCUGGGGUCAAACUUCAGACUGCUGUGAUGCCGGCUGUACACAACAGAGGGCCAGACUUGGUGAAACUACUGCCUAAAUCAAAUAACAUACUUGUAAAAGCAAAUGUGGGUGGAGUACAAUAUAUAGCGCCUAGUGUGAAGCCAAUGCAUGUGGUAGUUCCCAACAGUAGAGCGUUCCUUCAUAAAAAUGUUCAGAACAACAUGAUUAUGAGCAAUAGCAUCCCGGCUGGUCCAAUGUUGGACACUAAAUGUGUAGCGGGUGGGAUUCCCAGUAGUCAGUUUACUCAAAUGUCAACCGGGGCUUUUACGCCUGGCACCACUGUUGUUACACAAAAUUCACAAAUUAUUUAUAGAGAAAUGGUUCACAAUCUUGAUGGAAAACCUUUUAUAUCAAAUGUACCCACUGUACUGAGUGAGAAUGUUACUAAUGUAGCACAAACUAGUUCCAUGUACCAGAAUUUGAUGGUUUUUGACCAAUUUGGAAAUACCUCUUGUAUGUAUACAACACCUCCGCAUAUUAUACCCAAGGCUUGCAAUGCCACUGUUUUCACUAGUUCUCCUAACAUAACUACUACUCAAGUUGACAAGUGUAUGUCAACCCAAGAUGCAAAUAAAACUCUUAUUAUAGAAGUUGCUCCAAUAGUGUCCAACGCAAGUACUAAUGAUAGUGUGACAAGCACAACAUUACCUCAAUCCGAACCCAGUACACCAAACUCUAGUCAGUCCGUCAAUGAAAGCCCAUCUGAAAAACUUGAUGUUAAAAGUGACACAUUUGUCACAAGUAAAGGUCUCAAAAUCCUCAGUAACAUUAAGGUUGAAGUGCCAGUGCAGCACCAUAAGAAUAUGCUGAACACAAUCAUGGAUCUGACUGGUUCCAAUGACCCAGAGUACCCAGAAAGGUGUGCUACUCCUGAGAAAAUAUUGCCUGAUAUGGAUGAUGAUAAUGUGGACAAUCAGUCAUUAGACGAUACAGAGCCUACCACAAGUGCAGACACUAGUGCACUUUCACACACAUUUUCUGUGAUAAAGAAUGUUGGGAACCCACCCACAUACAAAGAGCCACCCACAAACAAAUCUGUGCCAGUUGACAGCAAGAUUGACACGGAGUCCUCGGACAGUUGUCCAGUUCCAGAUUUAAUAUGUAAUGAGAAGCCUUCUGUGUCUCCUUGUAGUGAGCUGUCGGAACAAGGUGACAACUCCACUGAUCGUACUUCAAUGUCCCCCAAACCACACGGCAGCCAAACCUGUAGCUCCAGUGUAUCUAGCACUAGUAAACCAAUUCAACCCAAGACAUUCAGAAGUAAUACAUUAAGACUGAACAACAUUUAUGUAAAGAAGCACAAGAAAAUUUUAAAAAUUAAGAAUGCUAAACCAUUCCCUGUAAAUAAUGAACUGCCAGUUGAGAUAGAGCCUAAAGCGGCUUCGUCUAAUAAGUCGCCAGAACGUUAUACAAUGAAUAAAAUACAUCAGCCCGAAAAGAAUGAAAAUAAGGAGAAAGCAAGUACAUUGCAGACUGUUUCUGUGGAGAUGGUGGAGAAGGAGGAUCGGAAUGAUGACAAUGAAUUUGAUGUGGAUACUGAGGAACAGUCUAUGGACAUAGAGCCAGCGGCGCCCUCUAGUUUGAAUUCUAAUUUUACGACCAGCAUAGAUGUGGUGCAAGUUAAAGAAGAGAUCAACACAAGCAAUGAGGGGGAUAGUUUUAGCAAUGAGGCCAGUGGGUCCAGCCGCCAGUUGACGCCGCUGGAGACGUUGCGGCCGAUCAACGUAAUCUCAUAUCCGCACCUCCCGGGAGAUGAGUUUGACGAAGAGUCCAAUCAUAGGGAGCUUUUAGAACUCGAAGCGACAUCUAAGACCAAACAGUUUGUGAACAUGAUGAACGAGAAUUACUUCGGCGAUAACAUAUAUGCGGAUUAUUUCACCCCUGAUCGGGUGGAGUCGUUCGAUUCUGAGCGUGGCGAGUCUUCCUUCACUAAAGAUGGACAGAAGGAUGGGAUUUACAUGUGGGGUGAAUCGUCUCAGAAGGAGAGUGAGUUCGUGUUGCCGAAUUUCAUUCACGAGAGUUAUAAGAUAGCGGAGAGCAGUGCGAUGGAUUACUCUGAGAUUGGGAGAGAGGAGAGUGGGGAAAGGGAUAGUAAGGCGGAUGUGUUGAGCGAGAGUCGUAGCAGUGAAGCGCCUCUGAACAUUCGUGCUGAUGAGAGGAUGCCGUCGCGGGGAGAACUUAGCGGCCAGGAGAGCAAUGGGGACAUGGAGUCGCCGUGGACUGGCAUGUAUACAGAAGGGACGCCAGCGGAGCCCUACGACCUUAUAGCGCGAGAGAGCUGGGUAUCCGACGGUUCGGAAGUAGAUGCUGACGAAAAGACUGACGCCCUUGAUAAUGAGCUUCGCUUCGCGAAGGGCCGACUCAGCACGUGUACACAAUGCGGUGCCAAAUUCCCAACACCCAAAGAUCUCCGUGCGCACAAGUCCUUAGCCCACGCCCUUCCCACUUGCUCCUCGACUAAAACCUCUUACAGUCGGAUGGUCACCGCUAGGACUAUAAAGAAGGAAGAGAAGAUAGACGAUCCAUUACCUAGCAGCACGGUGCUGGCCGCACUAGACUCGAAAAAGUCGAUAGCAACGACCAUUCUCCAGGUGUACGAUGUGAUGAACGAGGCCAAACCCAAAAUAGAGGCACUCGUCAAGCAGGAGACCAAGCGGAGGAGGAAGGACUACGUCUGUCCCACUUGCAAGGAGGACCAAAUAACAGACGCCGCAUUUCACGCCCACCUCAAGAUCCACCCUCUGGAGUGCCUCACGUGCGGGAAGUGCUUCUUCAGGCGCGCCAACCUCGCGCUGCACAUGAAGACCCAUCUCGGGAUCAAGAACUACAAAUGUACGGUGUGCGGCAAGCGGUUCCUGACGCGGCAGAAGCUGUCGGAGCACCACAACGCGCACACGGGACGCGCGCCCGUCAAGUGCACCGUCUGCAGCGACAGCUUCCGCAGAUACUCCAACAUGGUGCAGCACAGGGACCGUCACCACUUCCAAAAGAAGGCGAAGGUCCGCGACUACGUGUGCCGGUGCGGCGCCAUCUUCCACUCCAAGGCCAAGCUGCAGUGGCACGCGGAGACGCACGAGGAGCGGCCGAAGGCGUGCCUGUACUGCAGCGACAAGUUCGUGCACGCGGCGUCGCUCACGCGCCACGUGCGUCGCUCGCACAACGAGUACUACUUGUCUGCCAGGCUGCGCGGGAAGGUCGACAACGUGCCCUGUCCGGUCUGCAAACAGGUGUACCUGCGCACCAACCUGCGCGCGCACCUGCAGACGCACAGCGGCAAGCGGCCGCACCUGUGCAUCAUCUGCAACAAGGCCUUCACCACCAAGUGGAACCUCAAGCUGCACCGCUGGACGCACAUGAGCCGCUCGGCCAAGCCCUUCAAGUGUUCCCUCUGCAAGGGGGCCUUCAUCAGGCAGACGGAGUACAUCUCACACAUGAACGCCCACAAAUCUGUCAAGCCGUACACAUGCAACUACUGCGGAUGCCAGUUCAUUAGGAAAUACAAUUGCCAGAGGCACGUCCGUGAACACGAAAUGGCCAAGAAAUACGUCUGCAAAGUCCCAGAGUGCGGUAAGUCUUUCCAUAGAAGUUAUUAUUUGUCCGAACAUAUGAAGGUCCAUAGUGGUGCGAGGCCGUUCUCUUGUAAUAUCUGUGGGAAGACGUCAAGCAAUAAGUCUAAUCAUAAUAAGCAUGUGAAGAUACACCAUGCGAGAGAACCGGUGGCUACUGAGGCCUAAUUUGUGAGCGAUUGACGCACUUUGUCGUUGUGUUGUGUUACAAUUGUUUCAUUUGUGCGGCUCUGUUUGCAAAAUGUGUGUACAAAAUUUCGUUUCGACAUGUUUUUGUCCAAAAAGAUGUUCACUUUUAGAUUUUUAUGUGAUAACUAUAUACUUGUUAAACAUACUGUGAUUAAUUUUAGCAAUUUGAUGUAAGUAGUAUUAAAAAUAACUGGGUAAGACUUAACUCAAUUUGGUGUAUCGGUUAUACUACCACUGCUUAUUAGAUUAUGGUAGAAAACUAGAUCAAAACCUCGGAAUUACGAGUACAUACAUUUUGCAAACAAAAUCCCUAUUAUUUUGUUUUUAAAACAAUUCAACUUGACAACGACGUCACUGGCCACUGUUCCUCAUAUGUUAACGACAACUUUGAAAAACAAUAUAGCAAUAACAUAACGUUACUUAAAAAAAA